AUGUCGUUGUUGCAGUCCGCGCUGGACUUCCUGGCCGGCCCGGGCUCGCUGGGCGGCGCUGCCGGCCGCGAUCAGCAUGACUUCGUGGGGCAGACGGUGGAGCUGGGCGAGCUGCGGUUGCGGGUCCGGCGAGUCCUGGCCGAGGGAGGAUUUGCGUUUGUGUACGAAGCCCAGGACCUUGGAAGUGGCAAAGCGUAUGCGCUGAAGAGGCUGCUGUCUGACGAGGAGGAGCAGAGCAGAGUUAUCAUCCAGGAGGUGUGCUUCAUGAAAAAGCUCUCGGGCCACCCCAACAUCGUCCAGUUUUGUUCUGCGGCCUCUAUAGGAAAGGAAGAGUCGGACACGGGCCAGGCCGAGUUCCUGCUGCUGACGGAGCUCUGCAAAGGGCAGCUGGUCGACUUUAUAAAGAAAAUCGAGUCCCGAGGGCCGCUCUCGUGCGAUACGGUUCUGAAGAUCUUCUAUCAGACAUGCCGGGCGGUGCAGCACAUGCACAAGCAGAAGCCGCCCAUCAUCCACCGAGACCUCAAGGUUGAAAACUUGCUGCUCAGCGACCAGGGGACCAUCAAGCUGUGCGACUUUGGCAGUGCCACGACUGUGUCGCAUUACCCCGACUACAGCUGGAGCGCCCAGAAGCGAGCGAUGGUGGAGGAAGAGAUCACCCGGAACACCACCCCCAUGUACAGAACUCCCGAGAUCGUCGACCUCUACUCCAACUUCCCCAUCAACGAGAAGCAGGACAUCUGGGCCCUGGGCUGCAUCCUGUACCUGCUGUGCUUCCAGCAACAUCCUUUUGAAGAUGGUGCAAAACUUCGAAUUGUUAAUGGGAAAUACACAAUUCCUGUGAACGACACUCGUUACACCGUCUUUCACAACCUCAUUCGUUCCAUGUUGAAGGUCGACCCUGAGGAGCGACUGUCCAUCACGGAGCUGGUCAACCAGCUCCAGGAGAUUGCUGCUGCCAGAAACGUGAACCCUAAGUCGCCCAUCACAGAGCUCCUGGAGCAGAACGGAGGCUACGGAAACACGGCCCAGGCCCGAGGGCCACCCCCGUCUGGGUGCCCGGCCGCCCGGCCCUCAGGCUCUGUGAACAGCGGGUACAGUGGAGGCCUGACCGUGGCGGAGUGCGACCAGACCUACAGUGGGUUCUUUGACAUCCUCAGAGGCGGCACCGAACGGCUUUUCAUCAACCUCAAGGACACCUCCUCCAAGGUCAUUCAGUCUGUGGCAAACUAUGCGAAGGGAGACCUGGACAUAUCCUACAUCACCUCCAGGAUCGCUGUGAUGUCGUUCCCGGCGGAGGGCGUGGAGUCGGCCAUUAAAAACAACAUCGAGGACGUGCGGCUGUUCCUGGACGCGAAGCACGCAGGGCACUACGCCGUCUACAACCUGUGCCCCCGCACCUACCGGGCCUCCAGGUUCCACAACCGCGUGUCUGAGUGCGGCUGGGCAGCCAGGCGGGCCCCCAGCCUCCACACGCUCUACAACAUCUGCCGGAACAUGCACGCGUGGCUCAAGCAGGACCCCAAGAACGUGUGCGUGGUGCACUGUGUGGACGGCAGAGCCUCGUCGGCCGUGGCCGUCUGCUCCUUCCUGUGCUUCUGUCGUCUCUUCAGCACCGCCGAGGCCGCCGUGUACAUGUUCAGCAUGAAGCGCUGCCCGCCGGGCAUCUGGCCGUCCCACAAGAGGUACAUCGAGUACAUGUGUGACAUGGUGGCCGAGGAACCCAUCACGCCACACAGCAAGCCGCUGCUGGUCAAGGCCGUGGUCAUGACGCCCGUGCCCCUGUUCAGCAAACAGAGGAACGGCUGCCGGCCCUUCUGCGAGGUCUACGUCGGCGACGAGCGUGUGGCCACCACGUCCCAGGAGUACGACAAGAUGAAGGAAUUUAAGACAGAGGACGGCAAGGCCAUUAUCCCCUUGGGCAUCACGGUGCAGGGAGACGUGCUAAUCGUCAUUUAUCACGCGAGAUCAACGCUGGGCGGGCGCCUGCAGGCCAAGAUGGCCUCCAUGAAGAUGUUCCAGAUUCAGUUCCACACUGGAUUUGUGCCUCGGAACGCAACGACUGUGAAGUUUGCCAAGUAUGACCUGGACGCAUGCGACAUCCAAGAGAAGUACCCCGAUCUGUUCCAAGUGAACCUCGAGGUGGAGGUGGAGCCCCGAGACCGGCCGAGCCGAGAGGCCCCGCCAUGGGAUAGCCUCAGCAUGAAGGGGCUCAAUCCCAAGAUCCUCUUCUCCAGCCGGGAGGAGCAGCAGGACAUCCUGUCCAAGUUUGGUAAGCCUGAGCUCCCCAGGCAGCCCGGCUCCACGGCCCAGUACGAUGCGGAGGCGGCACGGUCCCCGGAAGGGGAGACCACGGGGUCGGACUCGCCACAGAGCAGCACAGACGCAAACCGCUUCCUGCACACGCUGGACUGGCACGAAGGGAAGGAGUCUGAAGCUGUCCCAGAAAACAGCUUCCUCAGAGAGAGCCAGACCGUGCUGGCCGAAGACCACGACGAGAGUGAGCUGUCAGAGGAGGAUGCCACCGCCUUCUCAGGCGAGAGCUGGGAGGCCCCGGCCGAGGACAAGGCAGGAGGCCCAGGCCCGGCCCCAGACCGAGACCCGCUGUUUACCGAUGAGACGCCCUCCCCACCAGAGCCGGCGCCCGAGGACAGUGUGGAUCUGCUGGGGCUGCACACAGACACGGAGCCAGCACCCCCCACGCAGGCCACGGGGGCUGCCAGCAACGCCGCCCUGCUCAGCGGACUCUUCGUACCCCCCGCCACAGCCCCCACGGCAGGGCCCCAGGGCCCCACGGCCGACCUGCUGAGCGGAGAGGGCGAGCUCUUCUUCACCAGCCCCGGCCCAACCUUGGGGGUGCAGAGCACUCCCCAUGAGCGUCCCCCAGCUGCUGCUGACCCGCUCGACCCUUUCCUGAUAGUUGCUGACCCAGACACCCAAACCUGCUCCAAGCCCGACUUCUUUGGGGAGUUUCUGCAUCCGGACCCCUCAGUCACACCACCCAGCGCCUUCCCCUCCGCCCACGGUGCCCCGCCCUCCUCCUCCAGCACCGACUUCCUGCAGCUGGGAGACCUCCCAGGAGAGCCCAGCAGGGUGGCGGCCUCCUCCAGCCAGCCGGACCUCCUCGGAGGGUGGGACACCUGGGCCGAGGCUGCAGCAUCCACACCGACCCCUAAGCCUGCUGCAGAAGGCCCCCUCUUCUCAUCCGGAGCUCAGCCAGCGGCCCCGCCUGCCCCCUCGACCAGCAAGACCAAGUCACAGAGCCUGGACCCCUUUGCUGACCUCGGCGACCUGGGCUCAGGCCUGCAAGGCACCACCAGCGGAUUCCCUCCUAGUGGCUUCAUUCCCAAGGCAGCCCCGCCUCCCAGGGCCGGUGGCAGCGCCUGGCAGAGCCGGCCUCCCACCCAGGGCGCCACCUGGUCUCCCCAGACCAAACCAGGCCCUGCCAAAGCCUGCCCAUCACCGCGGCCUACCUACACCCCGAACUUCAGUGUGAUUGGGGGCCGAGAGGAGAGGGGCGUCCGCGCACCCAGCUUCGCUCAAAAACCAAAAGUGUCGGAAAAUGACUUCGAAGACCUGCUACCCAAUGAGGGUUUUUCCUCUAAAUCCGACAAGAAAGGACCAAAGACCAUAGCUGAGAUGCGGAAGCAGGAGAUGGCGAAAGACACGGACCCGCUCAAGCUGAAGCUCCUGGACUGGAUCGAAGGCAAGGAGCGGAACAUCCGGGCGCUGCUGUCCACACUGCACACGGUGCUAUGGGCUGGAGAGUCCCGCUGGACGCCUGUGGGCAUGGCCGAUCUGGUGACGCCCAGCCAGGUGAAGAAGCACUACCGGCGGGCGGUGCUGGUCGUCCACCCUGACAAGGCCACUGGGCAGCCCUACGAGCAGUACGCCAAGAUGAUCUUCAUGGAGCUCAACGACGCUUGGUCCGAGUUUGAGAACCAGGGUGCCAAAGCCCUCUUCUGA